GACGUUUUGCCGACCCGUUUGACGUUUGCAACGCACAACAAAUCGGGAGAGAGCGAGCAGAAAUGUAGUGUGAAAGGAUAAAUAGAAUGUAUAGCGAAGUUUCUGCAAACAAACGAUAGAACCAUCCGAACGAUAGCAUCUGCCGUGUGAAGAUAUUUAUCCUUUUAACAGACCAUCGUAAAAGUUGCAUAAAACUUUACCGGGUUUCCGUUCCGUGUUCUCUACGUCCGUGGUUGGUGUGUCUCGGGUACGGACGUGUCUCCCUGCCCGAACGAGGACGGGGUUUACGCACUUUCCUUUGUGAACACGGUUCUCCGCUCAUUGAUCGAUUCGCUGUGUCGGUGAGCAAGGAUGCAGAAUGUCCUGAAUUCCGUCAAGGGCACGGCGCUUGGUGUCGCCGAAUAUUUAACGCCCGUGCUAAAGGAGUCCAAGUUCCGCGAGACGGGCGUACUAACGCCGGAAGAGUUUAUUGCGGCCGGGGAUCAUCUUACCCACCACUGUCCAACCUGGUCCUGGGCGGUGGGGGAUGAGAGCAAAAUAAAGCCUUAUCUCCCGAAAGAUAAACAAUUUCUGAUUACGCGCAACGUACCAUGCCGGCGGCGCUGUAAACAGAUCGAGUUUGUCGGUGAGGAGAACCUGGUGGAGGAGAACGAUGCGGACGGUGGAUGGGUCGAGACACACCACUACAAUCCGGACGAUGCUGGAAGUGCUGGGCUGGAGGAGAAGGUUUGUGAAAUGAAGCUGGACAGCUCACGGAUCGAGGACGAACCGGCGGCCGAUAUGGAUGAUCCGAGAAAUCUUGACGAUGGUGACGGUGGGGAUGGUGGCGAUGACGAUGAUGAUGAGGAUGGAGCGGCAAUCGAUAUGGAUGAGUUCGAGGAGAGCGGUUUGCUGGAAACCGUUGAUCCGUCAAAUGCGUUACUGCCGGCACCGAACGAGAAGCCUAAACCAGCCGCUCCUACCGAGGCGGAAGGUGAUUCGGUGGUGCGCACCAGAACAUACGAUCUUCACAUCACGUACGACAAAUACUACCAAACGCCCCGCCUGUGGGUGAUCGGGUACGAUGAAAACCGGAAGCUGCUAAGCGUGGAGCAGAUGUACGAUGACGUCAGUCAGGAUCAUGCCAAGAAAACGGUCACGAUGGAAACGCAUCCCCAUCUGCCCGGUCCGAACAUGGCCUCGGUACAUCCGUGCAAGCACGCAGAUAUUAUGAAGAAAAUCAUCCAAACCGUGGAGGAAGGAGGCGGCGAACUGGGCGUCCAUAUGUAUCUCAUCAUCUUCCUGAAGUUUGUCCAAACCGUCAUACCGACGAUCGAGUACGAUUUUACGCAAAACUUCAACAUUACCAACCACAAAUAAGGCGACGGAUUUUUUUUUUUGCGGGCGAGGAAAGGCAGACUAAUGGCUGGCAAAUGGCUUUUCUUCUAGCUAACUGUUUGGGGCUGUUAAAGCUAAACCCCAGCGUUCGUGUUUUAAGUUUGAUCCAUCACAGUCGAUAUUUUGUUUAAUUUGGUCCCUUUUUACCUCGUUGUGUACGUGUUUUGCGUUUUAGCGUUCGUGUGUCCGUGUCUUUUUUUCGUUCCUUUACUGCCCUGUUUUACGCAUCUGAACUGAACGUCCCACAAUGAUAUUUAAACUCGUUCCCCCUCCCCGGCAGUUACACAGUUAUGGCUAUCAGGAUAAAGACUAUGGUUAAGUGAAGCAGGCGAAAUAUAUAGAUGCGAUAUGCUGCUUUAGCAGGAAAAAGGCA